UUUACUCCUGGUCGGUGGAUUCGCUUCACAGGUAGCGGUGGAGCUGACAUUCCUGAUAACCCGCCACAGCCAUACCACUGCGGAACAAUUAAUCCGGGCUGGAUCAAAGGAGGCCAUCCUAGUGAGAGUGAAGGGAUUGUAAAUCGACAGCUUUGCUUUGUUAAUGGGGAUGACAAUUGCGAAUUUGACUCGUACGAAAUUUCAAUUCGAAAUUGUGGCAAAUACUAUGUUUACAGACCAUCAAACAUAACAAAGUGUUCUCUGAGACUUUGCACUAGUACGUAUGGGUGUUCAUACAAAUGUAAAUGUAAAGUGGUUUCGUUUUUAAUUUUAUGAACUAUUUUAUAGUUUACAAGUAUGCCUACGUUCUUGAGAAAUACGACAAACAGGAGACAGAAAUGGAAAACUAUGCUUCUUCAUACAGUUAAACCUAUAUUAAGCGGUCACCAAAGGGUACCGGUACCGCUUAUGCAGGUUCAACUGUAUAUCAUGUAACUGUCUUAAGCCUGAUUUCAGUAUGAGCACAAUAAGCACCUUCUCAAUUGACUUCAGAGCGCAGAGUGGCUGGAACAUAGAGCAUAGGGAGGUUCUUGUGCGAAUGUGACCCAUAGAGAUGAAAUUGAACACUCAAAGUAACGAGUUUGAUGGGGCGAAAGGAGAGACGGUCUGACCUCCAAAAGCAAAGGUUUUUAAACUGCGGCUUAUUUCUUUACUCAUCACAAUUUCUGUUACUCUGAGUAACUCCCUUUUGCAUGUAAAGCGGUUCAAAUGCAAGCAAUGAUGUUCCACUACGAUUAAGUAAAAGUUGCAGUUUAAAUUGUUUCGAAAACAUCAAACGAGAAGACAAAAAACUGACAGUAUCGAAACAGAGUUGCUGAUGUUUAGAAGACAAGAGAGCAGCCUGUCUUGAUUGAAAAGAACUCCAAAAACAUUAUCAUAGUAAUAUUUUGAGAGACGUAAAAAAUCCAGUUUUUGUCUAAGCUAAUUUAUCAAUUUGGCACAGAAAUCCUCCACGGGUGCUUUUAUAAACCGGUUGGUGUUGCCAGUUCCAUUAUCAUUCCUGACAGUCAGAUGACAGCUUCAUCAUUUUGGAAGGAAAGAAUAAACCGGAGUGCCAUGUAUGGAAGACUUUUUAAUGUGUCAGGUUUUGGAUGGUGUGCAGGGGACAACAGUAAAAGUAACUGGCUCCAGGUUGACCUUGGUAAAGAGUUUUACGUGGGUGCUGUUGCUACCCAGGGAGGCGCUAGACGUAGUUAUACGACAGAUUUUAAGCUGUUUUACUCUAGUGAUGAGGGAACAUGGCAAGCGUACAAAAAUGGAAAUGGCGAAGAAUUGGUAAUUUGGAUGAGCAUUUGACGAGUUUCCUAUUAAUUGUCGAAAGUAAACCCUGUGUCAGUUCCAGAAAACUCUCCCCACUCCCUCAUUCAAUAACGUCCCAAACUGGGCCCAAAAAUGACCAGGCCACUCGCCGAAUACUUUAACUUAUUGAGAUUUGUUAUCGCUUCGAAUUUCCUUGUUUAGCAUUGUGAUAACUGGUUAUCGAAUUAUUUAAAAAAAAAACUGGUAUCUGUUCUUCCGGAUUACAUAACUUGCUCCGGCGAGUCACGAAAGAUCUUCCGCAUAAGUGGAAGAUUGACAAAUUAGUUAUGAUGGGAAAAAAUCUAGUGAUAAAACAAUGAAUAAUUGACCCCCAAUAACUGAUCAAUAAUGAUCACUCUUCCAAUAAACUUGAUGUUCACGUUACGGCGAGUAACUCAUGUACUAACAAAAACUGCAUAACGCUACAUCAACUUUUUCAUUAUGUUAACUUUUAGAUAUUAAAGGUGUUUGUAAAUUGACUUUGGACGAUAAUCGAAAUUGCAUCACUGAACCAAACACAGAAAAAAUAUCUCAUUAUCCUUUAAUUAUUAUUCUUAAUACCUCGAUAUGUUUCUCAUUCGGGAGAACUGUCUAGAUCACAUUAAAUUGCGCGUGGCAUUUUUUCCUCAUUUAACUCAGGAAUUCCACAGAAAAAAAGGCCGCGGUGUGGACCGCCAUAAGCUACGAAUACCAGUGGUUGCCAGAUACAUUCGCUUCAAUCCAACGAAGCAUAUACUGUGGGACUGUCUGAGAGUAGAGGUUUAUGGAAUCUUUAAAGGCGAGUUGAUCCUAAGCAAAUAUAAUAAACGAAUUCUUAAAUGCUAUACAGCUGUUUCGAGCGUAAAAGUGAACGCGAAAACCACGAAAGGUGUUGUGGGAAGUUCUCAGGUCACGGUUCCUUGACUUCAGGAUUUCAGGGAAAUCUGAGAAAAAUUCACUGUAAGAAGGACGCACUUCGGGUUUCAUGAAUUUAUUUGUUUAUUUCACUUACUGAAAUUCAUUGAUUACCGGAUACUCAGAUUACCUUUCGAGAGUGUCGCGUGCACUUUUAUUUUUUUUGCGACAAAUUUUCUCGAAACAGCUGUAUGCAUUCAUAGAAAAACUCCAGGCAAGCGUUUGACAUUCGCUUUACACUGAUGUAACUCACUUUAAACUUUUUUCCCUUUUUAGAACAUCACAAACCUGAAUGCCAUCCCUGUGUGUAUAGAAAACUUAAUGAGGCCUACAGAUAUUGGAAUCAUACGAACCAUCCUUAUCUUGGCUAUGAUAAAGAUAAACUUACAAAUGGCCAAUGGUACCGUUUCACCGGACGCGCCGGUGUAAUGAUGGCAAAUUACUGCAUUCCGCAUUUAAGUUGCAAUGCCCACAUGGCCGGCUGGAUUAAUGGAAGCCAUCCCAUGAGAACUUACCAAUUAGUGUCGACAACCGUAUGUUUUCACUGGAACCAAAACUGCUGUUAUAUCUCGUAUCCAGUUGAGAUAAUGAAAUGCAAGGGAUUCUACGUUUAUAAGUUACAAAAGCCGGCUGACAGUCGUGCUCGUCAUUGUGGUGUCAAAGGUAAGUCUUGUUCCUCUAUUAUUUUUUUUUCAAGUAAUUAGAUAGCCUACGUGUAGCCGUACCCUCCUCCCCAAGGUGAAACGGAAGCGAGGGAACGUCUACUCAAACCUGACACUAAUCGUGUUCUGUGACGCCACUCUAAUGUAUGCAAAAUAAUGUCAUUUGAAAAUAUUUUUUUGCGAAGUGGCACGUGUUCGCGUGAAGGUUAUUGAGAUAAACAACAACACUGAAGUGAAUUCAUUCUCCGUUCUUGGGGUGAAUUUGCAAUUCAGCGUCCGAUUUCAAAUAGAUAAUAAUAAUAAAUAUAAGAGAUAGUUUCGCUGCAAGCGUGAAGAAAGAGCGACUCUUUUCCCAGUCGAGAGAAUCGCUGUAAGAAACAACUAACUUUAACUUAAGUGAGUAAAAGUCCGGCAGCCGGACACGGUCUCAAUAGCUUCGCAGCACCGUUCGCAAAAAAUACCGAACGUUGAAGGCGGAAAAUCUUCUUAGCCCAAGUACAUUAAGAUAGUGCACCUGGUCUUCUGCGAGGGCUUUAACUGGCGGCACAGUAGAUAUAGCGAACAACUUUUUCUGGAGAAGAGAGGCGAUUGAUCACUGGCGUUGCUAGAUAUAUUAAAGAUUUUCCAUAGCCAGUUGGUAACGAAACAGAGACAUCGUUAUCUACGAAAAACAUAUCUAUGGCUUUCUGCUGUUCUUCUUUAAAUGUCUCUAUUCCAAAAGUCGCGCAAACUUGCCUUAAAGCCUCGUCAUAGAUCGCUGUUGUCUGAAAAGUUGACUAUGAAAGCAUUUUGUUCACCGUCUGGUUCGUUAGUUUGAAAAUAAAUUACCAACUCUAGCCAAUCAGAAUUGAUGAAAGAAUCGGCAAAAGAGGUUAACCAAUGAAAAAUUAUUGUAAAUUUUUUAGCAAAACAGUGAUGUCACGGAACAUGAUAAAUGUCAGGUUUGCGUAGACGUUACCUCGCCUCCGUUUCACCUUGGCGGGGGGAGGGUACGGCUACACGUAGGCUAGUUAUUAGACAUAGAUUACACUUCUCCUGAGCAUGUAAUCAAACUAUCGAGGCCAAAUUCUCCCCGAAACUCCUUCAUUUUUUCUUUCAUUUUCUCUGCAAGUUCACAAAAUCAAAGGGUGCUAUUGUGAAAUUAUAAUUUAAACGCAGUACAUUUAAUUAAAAAAAAAAAAGAUCCAAAGACAACAUUUGAUUUGAGUAGAUGCCAAAUAGUAUUCUCUCGGUCCUAUAACUUUUGGCGAAGGAUUAUCCAUAAUAAUUAAGAAAAUCUAUUGUUGUUUACAGAUGAAAAUGAUGCAUGUAAAGUUACGAAUGGUUUCGCGCAGUGUUGUCAAGAUGGUUAUGAAGGAAAUCCGUGCAGAGGUAAGUGUAUGUAUGUAAACUGAGUUUUUUUAUCAUUGAGGACAUUUUUGAGACAUUUCUCAAAACUAGAACGUAUUAAAAUUGUUACUCAGACCUCUCGCCCGACCUUAAUCAUGGUGAAUGUCUAAUUGAUCAUCUUUAUUUUUGACAGAUAUCGACGAGUGUUCGACGAAAACCCACAACUGUAGCUCAAAUGCAAAUUGCACCAAUACUGAUGGUUCUUUUAAAUGUGUAUGUAAGGAGGGUUUUACCGGUGAUGGCAAUUCAUGUAGCGGUAAGACUCACGAAUUUGAAUUUUGAAUCGCAACAAAACAAGGAAAAAGCUUUUUUUUUUGUAAACCAUAAAAAUAUUGUCAACGUUAUACCAAGAGUUUACAAUCUCUUGAUCAUACCAAGAACCAGACCUCAAUUUCAGAAGUUAUGAUGUAUUAUAGUUUAUUGCUUUGCGAAUAGAAAAAUUUCCAAAACGAUGAAUGUCAUUAAUACUUUCUUCUUAGUCUCUGUAAGAAUCACCAACAUCUUGGUAAAUAAAAAUUAUUGAUCCCCUUCAAUUUUACAUGCAGUUAGGCACUCAGCGGGGAUGAAUGCCCUUUUAAAGGUUGCAGCAGUCUUGUUGCCGUGGCAACAAAGACUGCUUCUUUGUAACCUGGGUCCUCUUUUUGCAUACAAGAAUAUCGCCAAAAAAGAGUAAAAUAUUUAUUUCUCUAUCUCAAGCUCAAUUACAGAUUGGUACCUUUACCUUACCUAGUAACAUCAAUCACGUUUACUCUGAUGCAUUCAAUUUUUCCCUGAGAGUAAAGGUGAACACACAUAUCAAUUAUUUAUCUCGUCACAGUUUCGGUCAUUUUUGAUUUAGGGAAAAACAGGUGAAAAGUUUAUCUAAAUUUUUGUAUGAAAAACAUACAAAUAUUGUCAAUUGAAAGUUAUGCCAGGGAUGUAGACCUCACGCAAUCCGGCACACGGCUUGUUUUAAUUUACAUUUCAGUAGUAAUGGAACUAUUGAACACCUCUUUCUUAGGUUAACCUUGGACAAAAGUAGCAACUCAGGUUUACCCUUAUACAUGGACCUUAGUAUCUUAAUCCUAAGCCUCACUAAGAGAAAAAUGUGUUUGCUUGGAUCGUCCUUACAUCGGAAUUAAUGUAACAUUAUUGAAGCGUACGCGACUAAUUUUGAAUCGAAACAAAGGAAGGAAAAAGCCUUUUUUUUUUUUACAAGCCAUAAAAAUAUUGUUCAUACCAAGAGCCAGACCUUACCAUCCACUCCGCGUUAAUCAUAAUUUCAGAAGCUGAUGAUGUGUUGUAAUAUUUCUAGUUCGCUGCUUUACGUGUAGAAAAAAUUUCUAAACGAUGAGUGUAAUCAAUGCUAUCUUAGUCUCUGUAAGAAUCACUAAAACCUUGGGAAAUGAAAUUUAUUGAUUCCCUUCAAUUUUACAUGCAUUUAGGCACUCAGCGGGGAUGCACAAAAAUGCCUUUUAAAGGUUGCAGCAGUCUUGUUGCCAUGGUGACAAAGACUGCUUUUUUUUUGUAGCCUGGACCCUCAUUUUCAUUAUAAAAAACAUUGCCAAAAAUGUUUGUCUCUCUAACCCAAACUAAAAAGUGUUCCCAACGUUAUCUUAUGUGCAAUAUCCCAAAGAAAAUUAUCGCCUCUGGCUGUCAUUUUUUAAAAGAAAUUGAUGAAGUGUUAUGGAGGAUAACCUGAGAGGUUGGCGUGACGCUGUAUUUCUCCAUAGAGUUUGCAUUGGUCGAUAUACAAAAGACGAAAAAUGGAUGUUUUUUGGAUAUUUUUCAGCGGAUUUCCGGCACUCUAAAGUAAGAAAGGAAGAAAAAACGAGUGCCUAACUAUAUGCAGAGUUUGAAGGGGGAUUGAAAAUUUUUAUUACCCAAGAUGUUUAAUUCUUACAGUGACUAAUUCUUUAGUCAUUUGAAAUUUUUGAAAUGGCUCACCGAACUCUAUUUCAUACCUUAGAUUAGAGAUAAGCUAUUGCAACUUCUACCAUCAAGUUGAACGUUAUGCCUAUUAAUAGGUAUCUUCAAAAGUGCGAUUAAGUUGUAAGGUUCUCUUGUCAUGAAACUAGCUCAGAGUAUUUCAUCUUAAAACAGCUUUUAUACCAGCUGAGUGUCAGGAUGGUUAUGAAGGAGAUCCUUGCAGGGGUGAGUGUCAGAGCAAGUUAGCGUUGAUUGUCCUCACGGUCAUUUGUAGACUUCGCUGAUUUCUGUGAAUGUGGAAGGAUAAUUCAUGCCUUCAUUGUUUCCUAACUCUAUAAUUGUAAUACCGUUCUUCACCGGCUUUAUAAAUCACAACUAGAUUAGUUACAGUCUGUCCCAAACAAGACUGGUAAAUAAAUCUAAGAAAUGUGACCGUACAUGUGUGUAUCAAUCACUCUUGUGCUUCGUAACCUGAACUGGCUUCCGGUUCACUGACGCGUCGAUUACAAAAUGCUUUCGAUGACAUUUAAAGCGUGAAAGAAACACUCUUCAGUCUACAAGUCGGUGGGUAAUUUCUCUAUACCACCGAAACUAGAAGCUGCAAGAACUUCCUAGUCUGAUUUUUCUCCUAAACACAUGGGAAUAUAUCUUUUUAUAUUGCUUUUACCGCAGUCGAAAUCAUACCAACCGAUAAAACGAAUAAGUUUGUACUUUUUCUUGAUCCGUUUUGAUGACGAGACUGCAUGGUAGAAAAGUGAAAAACUUGUUUUCUACUGGUAGAUCUGGAUGAAUGUGAAAGAGGAGACCAUGACUGCCAUAAAUAUGGUGUUUGUCAUAACGAGAUCGGAUCCUAUACUUGUCACUGCCAGUUUGGAUAUGUAGGAAAUGGAACAUGGUGUGAAGGUACAGUUUUGUCAUGGACUAAAACCUUGAUCUUCAGCUAUGGGUUCGUUGUACGAUUUGUCCACUAUGUGGCCCCUCUUUGUGAUCUCUUACUGUCCGGUGGGAUAUUUUAGACAAUGUUUUGCUAGUGAUUUUUUGUCGGUCCAAAGAAGCUCCGAUAUAACCUAACACAUCUUUUCAACCACAGUUUUCCUCUUUUCAUGUACCGGUGUACAUCUGCGGUUAAAAAUACUAAUUUUCUUCCCAAUGUUCCACACGAUAUGUAUUGAAUUGUUGGUAUGUCAUUUCAGCUUGUCCAGAACAUUCUCUAUGGAUCCAGACAUCACUUAACGUUCAUGAUUGCUGGUGUAAAUACUUUUACCCAGGAGAUCCAGAAGUUGAUCCAUGCAGAAGACAAACAGAAAGUAAUACAUGAGAGAAAGUAGAAUAACUCUAACUAUAAAUAAAAUUGAAAUAUAAGUCAUUUAAUUACUGAUUCAAUAAUCGAACAGAGUAUAAUUAUCCUUCAACGUUGAAUUGCGUCUCAACAGCUUUUUGACGUAAUGAAAUAGAGGACUCCAAACGAAAUUGGGAAUUAUAACUUCUUUUUCCCCAUUUUUAGGCGAUCUGAGAAAUAUCGAUAAUUCAAUAGAGGUUUCAAUUCAUGGUAUUAAUACACAACCAAGCAGCCCAAUGAAGUUUAGACGAGACCAAACAAGAACACUGGUUGCAUCUUUAAAGAUGGAGAACUUUCUUGCGCAACAGGCCUCGUUCUCCUGGAAAAUAAGCCAACUGUCGCUGUCACCUUUUAACAUUUCUGAUCAACCAGAGCUGCUCGUGCCCGACACUCUCGAGCUGAACAUACGGCCAAACUUGCUGUCGACAGGGCUUAAACUUGUAACAUUUGAGCUGCGAGGAAUAUCUGGAACUAAGCUGACAGCUCGAGACUUUGCUUUCAUCGAAGUCCUUAAUUCGGCACUGAAAGUUUCCAUUGCCGGAGGAACUGAAGUUUUUCGAUCCAUGGAUAAACCAAUUUUAUUGGAUGCCAGUGCUUCGUAUGACACUAGCCCUAGUGCUGGCAGUUCCUCAGGAGUGAACUAUGAUUGGUCUUGCUUAACAAUAACGCAAUCUAACGUUUUCAGAAAUUAUACUCCAGUGCUCGACGCCACCUUUCGAGGCUCAGAUGGCAUAUCCGACACACUUGUCGGUGCAGCUGCAAAUGGAACCCUCUUUCAGCUGCCCGACGAUGUCUUUCUUCAGGGCAAGGGAGAAGCCAUAGUGACCUUAGAUACCAAAAGACUCGUCAGUAAUCAAGCAUACUAUCUGGUUCUGACGGCAACCAAGGAUAUCCGCGAAGCAAGUGACAUACAGAUUAUUCAUGUUGGCGACGAAGAUGUACUCGACAUUCGUAUUUUGUAAGUAUAGUAUGUGGAUGCAAAGUCGUUGAUGGUUAAAGAAGCCCGGCUGGAAUUCUCAUAAUCCAAGACCUGAGAAUUUUAUUUCCUAAUCUUACUGCUCAGAACAAACAACAAUAAAUAGUUUUAAUUCUAAUAGUUAAUGGAUACAAAAUAGUUGAUGGUUACCACUUGCUGAAAUAUUUAGUAUCUUACAUGAGCUGUCCUCUUCCCCGUUCUUAGUGCCGAGAAUGAACAACAUAGAAUAGAUUAAAAUCUGCUGAUCUCCAUGCAAUCCCGAGAGACAUACUAAAUUAUUAUUCCUUCAACUCACUACCUCUUUCCGGAUAGGCCGAAAGCGUACAGUGGAUUUUCGAAAUCAGCGCCUAGGACGUCAUCUAGGUGCAGCUUAUUCAAUAUAAUGUCAAGGUCACUCGAGGUUAUAAGCAAUCAUGUCAUGUAUGACUGCGGUGCAUGAUUUCUAAGGGACAUCAUGUCAAGCGGGCGCACUUUGUGUUGCUUGCCAAGCAAAAGCAAAAACAUAUUUUCUUUUUGUUCAAGGUAUGAUGAAACAAUUAUUAGCUUUGGCCUCUGAGAUAUCCAGAAUGAUUAAGGUCUCGGUAAGGAUUAUCAGGCUCAGCCUUUGGCUUCGGCUGAUAACCUUGAUUAUUCUGGAUAUCGCAAAAGCCUCAUCUAAUCGUUGUUGAUUAUUUGUCAUAAGAAGGUUGAAAACAACAUCCCUCUCUCAUGAAUGGCUUUCCAACUAGGACACAAAUGUUCGAUUGGUUAUGUUGCAAUGAAAGUAAAUACAGACAAAAACAUAAGCAAUUAUUCCAUAAAAGGUGGCAUAGUUGUCUAUUUAAAACUAACAUCUUCAUCAAAGAAACUAACAAUGAUAUAAAUUCGUUUCCUUGCAAAUGUGAACCAUCUUAGCGCAAUGCAUAAGGACGAAUACAGACGAUUUGAUGAGCAGAAGAUCACUUCUGAUUUUCUUUGCACAGGUGCACUAUGAACUGUGACUCACCAGCCAGUGCAUCAUCUCGCAUCUCACUAAGAACCGAAUGCAACUCAAUUCGUUGUCCUGUGUCCCUCAAGUAUGAAUGGAGCCUGCUGAAAAAGGAUGGAAACAGUUCUCACCCCCAAUGGUCUAAACAGAUAAACUUUAAAAAUCUCCUGGGUACAAAAGUGGAUUCGAAAAACCUUGUAAUUAAGGAGCAAAUGCUUGAGCCCGGAUCCUCCUACAAAAUCAAGGUCGACGUUCUACCUGCAAACGGAUCAUUUGGCUGGGCUGCAUACCAAUUUGACACAGUUGCAAGUCCAUCAGGAGGAACAUGCCAUGGUGUGCAGUUGGAUAGGAAAGAUGUAGGAUCUUGGCUAAACAUUACCUGUCAAGGCUGGAGAGACGAACACAUGCCACUCAGCUACGAAUUCUUCCGGGAAUUGGAAGAUGGAGAACUCGACAUGCUUUCCUCUGGAGUUUGGCCACAUAGUGUUGUUUACAUUCCACCUGUAGAAGAAGAUGUGGUUCGUUUUAAAGUUGCAGUUGUAAAUGUUUUGGGAGCAGCAGAUACAACAGGAUUUUCUUUCAAGGUAUUCAUCUAUAGAAGGUUAAGUGACUGCUUAAUGAUCCUGAUGGCAGUUACUAGAGGGCAAUCUCGUUUGGGUAUUCGAGUGAGUGCGAGUAUGCGCAAAGAAAACCCAAAGAUUUCUUGUUUCUUGUCUUUAUUAUUCACAUUUUUUGCCUGUCCAACUUCAGUGUACGAUUCUAACAGUGCACUAGAUCAGAGGAUGCAGAAGACAGUGAAAUUGACUGAUCGUCGCACUGUCAGAAAUUGCAUGAAAUCAACAUUGAUGUACUAUUUUCCGAAAUAACCUGUGAAUGUCAAGGGUCUACUGAAAUAUAUCCUUUUUAUUACCAUUUUUUUUUAAGUUGAAUCAAUCAUCCUUGUUGACGGCAGAAGAAGUGGACCACAAUGAGCUGGAGGCAAAAAUUGCAAAAAUGGACUCUUAUUUUAAAAUGAAACAAACAAAUAUGGCAGUGCAAGAGGCAGGCACACUUAUUUUCUUACUCAAAAUGGUCGCGAAGGAAGAUCACGAAAGAGCAUAUCUUCUGCAAGUAAGUUCAGUACAUUGAACAAGUGACUUUAAACAUAGGCGUGUAACUGAAGUAAUAAAAUAAAGUCGCCUUGACUGUGCUCUGUUUGGUUAUAAAGCACUUAGGAAGCGGUUAGGGCAUGAAAGUGUUUCUCCAUACUCUUAGCGUGUUCAUAUAUUUGCGUUAUAUCUGAACUUUAUCAAAAUAAUCAAUAUUAGUUCCUACUCAUCGGGGUUUUUAUAUUGCCAAAUUGUGAUUCCAGUCGCAUAAUGAUGUUUGCAGAUGAAUCGCAAAAAAAUUUUAUAAAGGAAUUUUUAAAGUUGUCAAUGAAAUCCAGCUGAAAGAUUCCCAAUAUACACUCACAAGUAAAAGCGAUACACAAAAAUUAUCUCAGCGCUUCCGUUUCCUUUUCUCUCUGACUAAUUUGGCCAACGGCACGUAACUGUUGGAGGCUUAUAGAUUUAGGUUUAUUUUUCUUGACUGCUACAUGUCUGCUUCUGUUUAUUAUGUAAUCUUUCCUUUGCACAGAAAAAGAAUUACGUUAUUUCUAAGAUCUGUGAAGUUCCGACUGAUAAACUGGAGCGGUUACUACAGGUUACUUCUGUCUUAAAGAAAGCCACAAUGGGUGACGCUCUUAUCUGGAAAAAUACAACGGUAUGACACUGAUCUCAAAUUCCCUUAUGCACCUCUCAGAAAGUUAACGUUUUUCGACAUCCCGAAUUAUAGUAAAGUUCAAGCAAGAAGUUUUUAACAAGGAGUUAGCAUAAUAAAAAUAUAAAUCAACUACAUAGUAAAAAAGUCGCACCCAAAAACAUACAUUGACCUUUUUUUCUUCCAGUUCACUGUUCUGGAUAAGUUCAAGGAGAUGUCCAACUGGCUUUCACUUAAAAAUGUGCACGAACGUAGUUCUGAAACCCGUCUUCUUCUCGAGGGAGCAAGAUUGCUAUUGCAUUGCACCACAAAUAUCAUGGAUUCCAGCUCCAGACGACUCCUCAUGGGUAGUUUGUCAGGCAACUUUGAUAAAGGGGAAGAGGUAUUUUAAAAAAUAGUACAUGUUUCUAAAUUCAAGUGAACUUUACUACAACCAACUAAUUUCUCAGAAUUUUAAAGAAGAAAAUUUUAAUAGAGCAAACAUGAAAAAGGUAUUUCUAGGAGAGGGAAUUUUACACCAACCUAUUGACCCAUGUUGACGAGAUUUUUUAAUCUCGCUAGACUGAUCAAAGUAGAAAAGAAGAGUCUAGUAAACGAUAAGAUAAAAGAAUUAAAGGGAAAAGCUCUUCCUUUCUUUUUCUAAAGGAAGUUAGACAGGGCGUGAUUACACACUGUAUUCAAACGAACAAAGCCAAAAACGGAAAAGACCUUCAAUUCUCUUUUAUCAACAAGUAGAACGGUAAAGACUAGUAAUACAUCAGAAAGGCUCAGCCAAGGCGUUGCAAAUCGAAAAUUCGAAAAUCCGCUGAGCCUACAAAUAUGUUAAUUCCUAAGUAAGAGAGAGGGAAAUUGAAGGUUCUAUUUUCCUUUUUUUAAGUUUUAGAAAUCUCCAUCCCUUUGUUCCUCCUCUUCCCAAGGAUUCCUUCUUGUUCUAUUGGUAAUGAAUGAGAGUAGCAUUAAAAUUUUUUAUAAUAUUAGAUAACCAUGGGAAAGACAAUUUUAGCCCGUUUCCAGGAGCUGACAGAAAUGACAACCAACAUACUGCUAUCGUUAAAGUUGCCUGGAGAAGAAUACAGCACCAUUCGCAAUGGACUUCAAUCGACGAUGCUCGGAAAGCAUGAAUCAAAUGACUUGAGCCUUUUAGAAAUCAGCGAUGGAAAAACCAAUUUUGUAAUCCCAUAUCUGGAUAGCAGGGCAUUGAAAAGUUGGGUCGGCGACACCUCCGAGGUCGGGGUAGAGGUUUGUAACUUUUUCAGUUAAUAAAUCAUAAAAUUUGUGAGCCAAUCACGGUAGAUAUCUAUAAAUUUGGUGUAUGUUUUAUAUUUGACAUGCUCAUGGCAAUGUACUUUCCUAGAAUCUCUCGGUUUUCCUUACAGGGCGGUAUGUUAACCGAGUGAUUUCAGGAAAAAGACUUGAAUAACAUUGAAAGAUGCCACAGUAUUUAUUGUUAGCCACUUGAUGGUGGUUGCGCAUCGUGAUGCGAAAUCAGUUCAAAUCCUGAAAGGAGAAAAAUAUUUUUUGUCACCCUGCGCUGUUGAUAAAUCUACAACCUCAUCAAUUUUAUUUCCACAUCCUUUCUAAUGUCUUUCAGAUGGUGAGCUAUAAUUUUAACCCAUAUGUGACGGACAAUAGCAGCAGCAGAAUAAGAUCAAACGUUGUCAGCCUUGCCCUAAAGGACAGCACUGGGAAAGCUCUCAACACAGCUGACCUUCCCUCGAACAUAGAAAUUGACAUUCCAAUAACAAAUUAUGAUCCCGUGAACAGCACUCGAUCGGAUCAUUUUCUGAAUCCUGGCAGGUUGCAAUAUCAUGUGAUAACCGUUGGUGAGGUCAACACCACCGUAAAAUUGACCAUUACAACUAAAGCAACAGCUUCUAUUACUGUCUAUGUAAAAUUCGCUGAAAAGCCAACAGAGAUUUCCUACGACGAGGUGAUUCACUUAUCCAAGGAGAAAACAUCUAUUAACCCCGAUUGCGAAUUACGAGAGAACUGCUCUUAUACUAUCGUCGUAAAGAGUAAAUAUGCAGGUAAAUAUUACGUUGGCUUAUUGGAGAGCAGUGAAUCUCGAAAAGAAUUGCCUCCGUCAAGAGGUAGAAGAUCAAUUCUCCCAGAGCGAGCGAUGCAAGAGAAGUGCGUCAAGUUCAAGGAUCCUCCUCCGACGGUUGCUCCUCAAGUAGAGUAUGUCAUUCUUGUUCCUCAGUACGACUCUGAUAAGUCAGUUAACUACAGUUUACAAGUUGAUACAAUAUGGUGUGCAUUUUGGUCUGAUGCUGAACAAAGAUGGACAAAUGAAGGAUGCAAGGUGAAAAAAAGAAACUUUAUAUAGAAUGAAAUAAGUCAGUAGCUACAUUAAAGGACGAAGAAUUUACUUUUCAGGCCAUUUAACGGAAGUUGUUGAAUAUUGGUUUUAAGCUUUGGUGUGUUUUGGAGAUGAAAAAUAACUUUAUACUCACUUACUGUACUCAGUAAGUCAAUCUAAUCCUUUUCAAGAUAGCACUUGUAAGCAGUGGGUGUUCUCCAGAGCCAUGAUACAUGGGCAAUAUUACUGGCAGAAAAAAAAAUAUCAUCAUCAGCUACUUAUUUUUUUUAUACAAGCGAAUAAGUAGAGACAGAAACCCAAAUAACCACAUAUCUAAACUAUCUAUUAGCAAUUUUCCGCUGAAACUACAAUGGGAGAAGUCUUGAUUUUACUAUCGCGUUUUCUAAGAUACAAAAGCUUUAAUUUGCCGAGAAUAGAGAACUCGAGCCAAUUUUCCCGGAGCAGUGAAUCGUUUUCAGAAAUUCUUGUGGCAAUGUCGGUGUUUACAGACUUUAUAGGAGUAGGAGGUGAGCAAUUUAACUCAUUUAGCUUAAUGCUGAAAAUCGUUUCAUGGAAGCCGGGUAUAUGAGCCCAGUAUAUAACCCGAAUCAAGAGCACUUCACACCAACAGUUGUUUUCCUUUCGGACCUAAUGUAAUUUACAAUUAGAACAGUAAACUGAUCGCCAUUAAUGCACGGACUAAUUUUUAGGUUAGCCGAGAAUCAAACCAUUCAUCUCUCAAAUGUCUCUGCAAUCACUUGACUGCAUUUGGGGGAGAUAUUCUUGUUGCACCAAAUACCAUUGACUUUCAACUGGUCCAGCAGGCAUUUGAUAACGUGGAUCCUGGUGACCUUCUCGUCUUGAUUACGUUGUGUUCUACCUUUCUGCUCUACUUUCUUGUUUUGGUAAAAGCACGCAGGGCUGACAAAGUGGAUGCCACAAAGGUUGGUGUCAUAUCAUUAAAAAUUAUUCGAUGACACUAGAGAUACUACGAGAAUACUGAAUUCAAGCAACGAAAUGAUCAAGAAAUGAUCGUUGCAGUUGAGCUGCAGGUACAGAAGUCAAAGAAAAAGAUCCUCAAAAAAUUGAAGCUUCGCAUUAAUGUCUGAUUUUUUUACAGCUUCUUCGUGAUUCGUUAAUCGCAUCUCGCCUGCACGGAUGACUUCUUUGCUUAGAAAACUUAACCAGUGAACAGCGAAAAUGUUUUAUAAUUUGAAUUUAAUUAACCAUUUAAACUUCUGACUUACAGUCAUUUCGGGGAAAAUAAUUUAGAGGUGAAUAACUCCUAAAACUCUCCGCGUCAUGUUUAGAUUUCUUUCACAGCUAUUUUAUAGGCAAGACGCCGAAUAUAGCAUUUGUUGAGAGGAGCUUAAAAUAAAACAAUCUUUGACAGUUUCUUGUACACCCGAACACUAAUUGUUUGUCAGUGUUUAAUUCUAAGCGAUCUGAUUUUUUCAGGACAGUCCUCUUCUGCCCUUGUUAGGGCAUCAUAAGGGUGAAUAUGUGUACGAGGUGUCCAUAACAACUGGCAGAUGGAAAAGUUGUGGUACUACUGCCAAUGUAUCCAUGACCCUUCACGGGACUGAAAAUACCAGUGAUGUUAUCAAAUUGACAUGCGACAUCCCAUGUGACAGGAGGCUAUUUGCUCAAGGGAACACUGAUAAUUUCCUUCUUCGACAAGAUAUGCCCCUAGGCGAGAUAAAUGUUGUGCAGAUUGGUCAUGACCUUUCUGGAGAGGACCCAUCUUGGUUUAUCAGCGAGAUUGUAGCUUUAGAUUGUCAAACGGGAAAGCAAUGGCUGUUCAGUUGUCACCGCUGGCUUGCACUAGAAAGAGAUGACGGUGAAACCACAAGGAGAUUUUAUGCAGAUAAUUUCAAAACAGAUGAUAAAUUUAAGAGAAAAUUUAGGACAUUACGAAGAAAUGGUUUCGCUGACGAUCACUUGUGGUUGUCAGUGUUUUGGAAGCAGCCAAGAGAUCAUUUCACUCGUGUUCAGCGAGCAUCCUGUUGUUGGAGUCUUCUCUUGUUGUCAAUGGUAACAUCCGCCAUGUUUUAUGAAACAGAGAAUCUAUCACAGAGGGGAAUACAGAUUGGGCCUUUUUCAAUGACUCCUAGUCAGUUCUUAAUCGCUUUGGAAAGUGCCUUCAUUGUUUUUCCAGCAAGUCUGCUAGUUGUGCUUCUGUUUCGUAAAAGCAAACCUAAGAUAAACACUCAAGGAAGGAGGUAUAACUACGUGAAAAGUGAGGGAAAAGUAUCGUGUACUCUCCCUCAUUUUUGUGUUUACAUUGCAUGGUUUCUUUGUGUAAGUACUGCAAUCGCUUCUGCCCUUUUCACAGUGUUUUACUCUCUCAUGUGGGGAGGAGAGAAGUCGGCUCGUUGGUUAAAAUCCGUGGUGCUUUCGCUGUCUGCAGACGUUAUAAUCUCACAGCCCAUCAAGAUACUUACCGCAUCCGUCAUUUUAGCUUCAGGGUGUGGAUAUGGUAGGAGGAUAAGAAAGGAAACAGAGUCAAUAAACGGACACAAUGGGGAACAGCUAGCUAGUAUUGUAGAUCUUUCAUCCAUGGAUGUUGAAAGCGCAAGAAAGUAUAAGAAAAAUGAGAGGAAAAUGUACGCGUACUUUAAGGAACUCUUGUCUUCAAUGACAUUCUUUGCACUUUUAUUGAUCGUCUGUUAUGGAGACAAAAAUGACCACAGAUACAAACUAAAUACGGCCACCGAGCACAGCUUCCAGUUUUCUCAAAAUAUGGGACGCUAUGAGGUGCGUUGGCUUUUAUGUUAGCAAGGCAAAAAUAUAACGAUAUUAUCACAAGGAUGGUAAGCAUGUAAUUAAAACACGAACUUGCAACCCUUGCGAAGGAGCCAAUAGUUUCUGUAGGACCUAGAAAAGCCUAAUUUUUAAAGUUUGCUUUCUGAAAUCGCCACCAUGUUUUACCACCCUUAUCCACCCUUAAAGACUACUUCUAUAUUGUAAGUCUUUUCUAUUAGAUUUAUCAUUUCUCCCAAGUAUGUAAAGGAUAUGCACCAUGGCUAUCACAGUGAUAAUUCUAGACAUUUUAAAACAUACUGACGUAGAAUAGGAAGUCACAUCAAUGAAAUAUAAGUGUUUUGGAGAGUACGUCUUUUUCUUUGAUUAUUAUACAACUUUUUAAUCCUUUGCUGACGAUCCUGGAAGCUUUUAUCAUACAUGCGGUUAUUGCAAAUAGAGAAUCACCCAUUUAUUAAGAUUUAUUUGAAUAUUUUGUCUCGUAUGCUGAUGAAUAUUUAAACAUUUAAAAAAAUAGAUUACCGAUGCCACUCAGUUUUGGGAAUGGAUCGAAAACAUUUUUUUGCCGGCAGCUUUUGUUGACGAUUGGUACAAUGGACAUGAAGAAAGAGUUUCAGAAUAUAUUGGAAAUAAGCGAUCAAUUCUGGUCGGUAUGCCUCGUCUGCGGCAGCUAAGAGUCAAGGAAAGUAAGUAUAUCAUCUAUAAAAAAGAGUUUAUUCUAUUAGAAUUUGUUGCUGAUAUUUUGCAGUCAACCUAUUUCACUGGUUUUGAUUAUAACCACCACGUCCGAAAAUUCCAUUUUUGGAAAAGUGAUGACGAAACUGAAUGAGUACAGAAUUCAGACUCAUCAAAACUUGAACGACUUUUAAUGCUCUAAUGGGAACAAAUGAAGGAGCAGAGAAGAUAAUUAAAUUGAGAUGGAUUUUGCAAUGUACGGAUGAGCUCCACAAACUCACCAAAGAGGGGAUUUAAGAUAUUGAAACAGUCAUGUUCAAAUAAUGAAACGUUUUCUUUUCCUUGCAGAUUCUUGUGAAGUUCAAGAAUUGUUUAAAAACAUAGUCACAUCUUGUUUCGACUUCUAUUCCCCCACAAAGGAGGAAAAAGGAAGUUGGAUUGACCUAAGAAAGAUGAAUGGUUCAGUUCUGUGCCCAGAAAAUUGGGAAUAUAAUGCAGACAGAAGGUUUGGCGGCUUUGAUUCUUGGGGUCGUUUUGCUGUUUACAGUGGUGGAGGAUACGUAGCUAAUUUAGGCUACAACAAGCUUACAGCUAAAAGGAUUAUCAACGACUUGAAAGAAAACCGCUGGGUCGAUCGUCAGACCAGAGCUGUGCUGGUGGAGUUCUCAUUGUAUAAUCCACCAAGUAACCUUCUCGCAGUGAUGACGUACUACUUCGAAGUCCUUCCUUCUGGAUUCGCUGGCACGUUCAAGAGCUAUGGAAUUUUGCCUUUAAGCGCAACGAACUCUUUAGCUCAUAGCACUUAUCUGUUGUUCGUGUUGUUGUUUGGCAUUCUUCUUGUUUGCUUCUUCGUUGUCCAGUGCAUCAAACUCUGCCGCCAAAGGUGUUGUUAUUUCAAGUCGAUGUGGAAUUUGUUGGAUAUGUUGCAGAUACUCACGGCAUCAUCAGCGAUGUUACUGCAGUGGAUGCGGACCAAGGUGGCCACAAAGACUUUCGAACAGUUGAAAGAAAACCCUUACCUUCCAGUCAGCUUCCAUCGUGUCUUACUUUUGUUCGAGUUUGAAGAGGUGGCUAUUUGUGUAACUACCGUAAUUGCUACGCUACGUCUUCUGAAAUGCUUCUAUUUCAAUCCAAAAAUAAUUGUUUUUACAUUGACACUUCGUAGAUUGUUAAAACCUAUAGCUUCCUUUUUCAUGGUGUUUUUGAUAACAGCAAUGGCCCAUGCACUAUUAGGGUUCACAGCCUUUGGGUCCAGUGUGGAUAUGUUCGCCCAAGUGCAUGACGGUAUUUCCUUUCAGUUUCUAAUGCUUUUGGGACAACCAUUCCCAGUGGAUAAGCUGAAGGAAACAAAUCCCAUCAUAGGCAGCCUUUUCUUUUUCACUUUCUUCUGCAGUACCAGCGUAAUUAUUUUGAACAUGUUUCUUGCUGUAAUAAAUGAAUAUUAUACGACCUCGAACGCUGACAGAGAAGGAGAAGGAGAAGACUAUGAGCUUGCGCAAUUUAUUAUUAAAAGAAUCCUGGAGACUGUAUUGGGACAGAAAUCUGAAAGAAACCAGAACUGGAGGAACCAUGAACUUUUCGAGCCAGAUUCUUCGCUAGCGGAAAGUUCCCCUGAUGGAGUUCAAAAUGACGCCUUUUCACUUGAGUGGACACCAGUCAUGUAUCGGAGCUGCACACAGAAAAUAUCCAGGACGGGAAGAUCCCCAGUAGGAAAUAGUGGGGACUUCAUAGAGUGUUCAGUAUGGGAAACAUACAGACCAGAACAUUUGUUGGUGAAAAGUUCCACUAAUGAAACAGGCUUUAAAACUAUCAACCACAAUAAAUUGUCUAGUUAUGUCGCCGACGCAAAACGUUAUAAUAUCAUGACAGAUUGGAAUGCACUGGACGAUUACUAUGAAGAUGACGAUGAUGAAGAAGAAGACGGUGUCGAUGAUGAUGACGAAGGCGAAGUCGAUGAUGAUUACGAUGGCAACAGUGACGACGACGACGGCGAAGACAGAAAAGUUAACGGCGACGACGACGACGACGACUAUGACGACGACGAUGAAGAUUAA